CCUUCCGCGCACGCGCUCUCCUCUCGUUUCCUGCUGGCAGGAGUGCGGGAGGCGGGGCAUCCGGGUCGUUUGGCAGCUGCUUCUGGCCCCGGAACUCAGCUGUUCAGCCCCUGCCAGACUAGGAGGUGUGACUUUUAAACUUCAGUAAUGGAGCUGGCCCACAGUUUAUUGCUAAAUGAAGAAGCUUUGGCUCAAAUCACUGAAGCAAAGAGACCAGUUUUUAUCUUUGAAUGGUUGAGAUUUCUUGAUAAAGUAUUGGUCGCUGCCAACAAGACUGACGUAAAGGAAAAACAGAAAAAACUUGUUGAACAAUUAACUGGAUUAAUAAGUAGUUCACCUGGACCACCUACACGAAAAUUGUUAGCUAAAAACCUGGCAGCCCUUUAUAGCAUUGGGGAUACUUUUACUGUUUUUCAAACACUUGAUAAAUGUAAUGAUAUUAUCAGAAAUAAAGAUGACACUGCAGCCUACUUACCAACAAAACUGGCUGCAGUGGCUUGUGUUGGAGCAUUUUAUGAAAAAAUGGGGAGAAUGUUAGGAAGUGCAUUUCCAGAAACAGUGAAUAAUCUUUUGAAAUCUCUGAAAAGUGCAGAGUCUCAAGGGCGAAGUGAAAUCCUAAUGAGUCUACAGAAAGUUCUGAACGGACUGGGAGGUGCGGCAGCUUCCUCUCAUCGUGAUAUUUACAAGAAUGCCAGAUCCCUCUUGACUGACCGGUCAAUGGCUGUUCGGUGUGCAGUUGCCAAGUGUCUACUAGAACUACAGAAUGAAGCUGUGUUCAUGUGGACUGCUGAACUGGAAAAUAUUGCCACUCUCUGCUUUAAGGCUUUGGAAAACUCAAAUUAUGGGGUUCGAGUGGCAGUAUCUAAACUCUUAGGAACAGUCAUGGCUACAGCAUUGAUGCCAAAACAGGCAACAGUAAUGCGGCAGAAUGUGAAGCGAGCGACAUUUGAUGAAGUCUUAGAACUCAUGGCCACAGGAUUUCUACGUGGAGGGUCAGGUUUUCUAAAGAGUGGUGGAGAAAUGUUAAAAGUCGGAGGGUCUGUUAAUCGUGAAGUGAGAGUUGGAGUCACACAGGCGUAUGUCGUUUUUGUGACUACGUUGGGUGGUCAAUGGUUGGAGCGUAGCUUUGCUACAUUCUUGUCUCACGUACUUGAUCUGGUCUCCCAUCCUCGGGCAACACAAACUCACGUAGAGGCUGUGUACUCAAGACGAUGUGUCUCCUUUAUCCUAAGAGCUACCGUGGGCAGUUUGCUAGGUGAAAAAGCCCAGAUUGCAGCUGCCAAAGAAAUAUGCCAAGCUAUUGGGAAACAGAUGAAAGCAGUAGAAGCAGUCGUGAAUGAUACUAGCGGUGAAAACAAAUCUGGAGCGGCAGACAUCGCAGCAAGCCAGCAUGUGAUGGUCUGUGCCCUCCAGGAGCUCGGGAGCCUGGUGCAGAGCCUGAAUGCUACUGCCUCUCCUCUUAUUCAGGAAGCAUCUAUAGGACUUUUGGAGACUGUGACUUCCGUGCUUCUUCAUCCGAGUAUGGCUGCUCGGCUUGCUGCCGCAUGGUGUUUGCGCUGUGUGGCGGUGGCAUUACCUUUCCAGUUGACACCCUUUCUAGACAGGUGUGCAGAACGGCUCAACAACUUGAAAACGUCACCGGAAGCCGUUAGUGGAUACAGCUUUGCAAUGGCUGCUCUGUUAGGUGGAGUUCAUCAGUGUCCAUUGGGCAUUCCUCAUGCCAAGGGAAAGAUGGUAGUUAGUAUCGCUGAAGAUCUCUUACGAACCGCUGCUCAAAAUAGCAGGCUGUCUUUACAGCGCACCCAAGCUGGAUGGCUUUUACUUGGAGCACUUAUGACUUUAGGACCAUCCGUAGUUCGAUACCAUCUGCCCAAGAUGUUGUUAUUGUGGCGAAAUGUUUUCCCUCGUUCUCUAAAGGAAUUGGAGGCUGAGAAGGCCCGAGGCGAUUCUUUUACCUGGCAGGUAACAUUGGAAGGUCGUGCCGGAGCUUUAUGUGCAAUGAGGAGUUUUGUCGCACAUUGCCCUGAGCUCCUGACUGAAGAUGUGAUUAGAAAAUUGAUGACCCCAAUUGAAUGUGCCAUGACCAUGAUGUCACACAUUCCGUCUGUAAUUAAAGCCCAUGGAGCUCAUCUGAAAGCUAGUGCAGCAAUGGUCCGUUUAAGACUUUAUGAUAUCUUGGCUUUGUUACCUCCAAAGACUUAUGAAGGAUCUUUCAACGCACUUCUUAGAGAACUGGUAGCAGAAUUCACUUUGACUGACAAUUCAGCCAACACAACCACUUCCCUCCUCAGAUCCCUCUGCCAUUAUGAUGACAGUGUUCUUCUUGGUUCCUGGCUUCAAGAAACUGAUCAUAAAUCAAUUGAAGACCAGCUCCAGCCAAACAGUGCAUCUGGAAGUGGGGCUCUGGAGCACGACCCAUCCUCCAUUUACUUACGAAUCCCUGCUGGAGAAGCUGUGCCUGGUCCUCUCCCUCUUGGGGUUUCAGUCAUUGAUGCUUCCGUGGCUCUUUUUGGUGUAGUGUUUCCUCAUGUUUCUUAUAAACACCGAUUACAAAUGUUGGACCACUUUGCUGAAUGCGUUAAACAAGCCAAAGGCGUCCGUCAGCAGGCUGUGCAGCUUAAUAUUUUUACUGCUGUUCUUAGUGCACUAAAGGGCCUGGCUGAAAACAAAAGUACUUUAGGACCUGAGGAAGUUCGUAAAUCUGCUCUGACUCUGGUUAUGGGCGCUCUUGACAACCCAAACCCCAUCUUAAGAUGUGCAGCAGGGGAAGCUCUUGGAAGAAUGGCUCAGGUGGUUGGGGAAGCAACCUUCAUUGCUAGAAUGGCCCAGUAUAGCUUUGACAAGUUGAAAUCAGCCCGAGAUGUUGUAUCCAGAACUGGGCACUCAUUGGCUCUGGGUUGCUUGCAUCGUUAUGUUGGUGGUAUCGGCUCAGGACAACAUCUGAAAACCAGUGUCAGCAUUUUAUUGGCUCUAGCACAAGAUGGAACAUCCUCUGAAGUCCAGACAUGGUCUCUUCAUUCACUCGCUCUUAUAGUGGAUUCUAGUGGCCCAAUGUAUCGUGGAUAUGUGGAGCCAACAUUAUCUCUAGUUCUUACCUUGCUGUUGACUGUUCCACCUUCACAUACAGAAGUUCAUCAAUGUUUGGGUAGAUGUUUGGGUGCCAUAAUAACUACGGUUGGCCCUGAGCUACAAGGGAACGGAGCAACAAUUUCCACCAUUCGUUCUUCUUGUUUGGUGGGUUGUGCCAUAACCCAGGACCAUUCAGAUUCCCUUGUUCAGGCUGCUGCCAUUUCUUGCCUUCAGCAGCUUCACAUGUUUGCACCACGACAUGUCAACCUGUCUAGUCUUGUUCCUAGCCUGUGUGUUCACUUAUGUAGUUCCCAUUUGCUGCUUCGACGCGCAGCCGUGGCUUGUCUCCGGCAGCUCGCCCAAAGAGAAGCUGCAGAAGUCUGUGAAUAUGCCAUGAGCCUAGCCAAAAAUGCAGGCGACAAGGAGAACAGUGGUACUAAUGUCAGUCCUUUUGCACCUGGAGUUAGUUCUCGAAGUGAUAUCCAUUGCCGGCACCAAGGUGUUAAUAUAACAGAAACUGGUCUUGAAGGGCUUCUUUUUGGAAUGCUAGACCGGGAGACAGAUAGAAAAUUAUGUUCUGAUAUUCACGAUACUUUGGGGCAUAUGCUGUCAUCACUGGCUGUAGAAAAACUUUCGCAUUGGCUAAUGCUUUGUAAAGAUGUCCUGGCAGCUUCUAGUGAUAUGAGCACUGCAACUCCCUUAAGUAGUGGAAAAGAUGAGGAAUCUGAGAAGAAAGAUGAAAUGGAUGAUGAUACCAUGUUCACCACACUAGGCGAAGAAGAUAAAUCAAAGCCCUUCGUGGCACCUCGCUGGGCCACUCGGGUGUUCGCUGCCGAUUGCCUGUGCCGAAUCAUCAAUUUGUGUGAGAAUGCGGACCAGGCCCACUUUGAUCUUGCGAUGGCACGUUCUGCUAAACUACGGAACCCUACAAAUGACCUGUUGGUACUUCAUCUCUCUGACCUGAUUCGCAUGGCCUUCAUGGCUGCAACAGAUCAUAGUAACCAGCUGCGGAUGGCUGGGCUCCAAGCACUUGAAGACAUUAUCAAGAAGUUUGCAUCUGUGCCUGAGCCAGAAUUUCCAGGCCAAGUGAUUCUGGAGCAGUAUCAAGCUAAUGUGGGAGCUGCUCUAAGACCAGCCUUUUCACAAGAUACCCCAUCAGACAUAAUAGCAAAAGCUUGCCAGGUGUGUAGUACGUGGAUCGGAAGUGGAGUUGUCAGUGAUCUCAAUGACCUCCGUCGAGUGCACAAUCUGCUUGUUUCUUCUCUGGACAAAGUGCAGGCUGGAAAAGGAUCUUCUAGCCAACUGUACCGAGAGAGUGCCACAACCAUGGAAAAACUGGCUGUUCUCAAAGCGUGGGCAGAGGUAUAUGUGGUUGCUAUGAAUAUUAAGAAGGAAGCGGAGUCAAAACCAAAAAGAGCAAUUAAAAGCACUGAUGAUGAUGAUGAUGAUUUUGGUACCAUAGAUGAACUACCGCCAGAUAGUUUAAUCACACUUGUGCAACCCGAGCUGCCAACACUCAGCCGCCUGUGGUUGGCGGCACUAAAAGACUACGCGCUUUUGACUUUACCAGCCGAAUUUGCUAGUCAGCUCCCUGCAGAUGGCGGAGCAUUUUAUACUCCUGAGACUAUUGAUACAGCUAGACUUCACUACCGGAAUUCCUGGGCCCCGAUUCUCCACGCAGUGGCACUUUGGUUAAAUAGCACAGGAUUCACAUGUUCAGAGUCUGCAGAAGCAGCAGCGAUACCUGGCUUACAAAAACGUUCUACACCCGUCAAUUUAAACCAGGCAUCAGGAGCAACACCUAGUGCUAAAUCUUUGCCAGAAAUUAACAAAGAUAGAAUGCAUCUGAUUUUAGGUGUGAGUAUACAGUUCCUUUGUUCCCCUAGACCCGAGGAGCCUAUUGAACACGUCACAGCAUGUCUACAGGCCUUGCACACCUUGCUAGAUUCUCCUUAUGCCCGAGUCCAUAUCGCAGAAGAUCAGCUGAUUGGCGUAGAGUUGCUGAGUGUUUUGCACCGCCUCCUGCUGACCUGGAACCCCCCAUCUGUCCAACUGCUGGUUACUGGAGUUGUACAACAGAUAGUAAGAGCUGCUCAGGAUUAUUUGCAAGAAAAAAGAAACACUCUAAAUGAAGAUGAUAUGGAAAAAGAACCCUGUCCUGUAGUAGGAGAAGGAGGUGACAGCGGUGGUCUUGUUCCUGGAAAAUCUCUUGUGUUUGCAACUAUGGAGCUGUUGAUGUUCAUUUUAGUGCGACAUAUGCCACAUCUCAGUACCAAGAUGUCCGACUCCCCCAGUCACGUAGCCACUAAAACUCGACUGUCAGAAGAAAGUGCUCGUCUGGUGGCAGCCACAGUUACCAUACUCUCUGACUUACCGUCCCUUUGCUCGCCUGCUGGAUGUAUGACAAUCCUGCCCACAAUUCUGUUUUUAAUUGCAAGAAUAUUGAAAGACACAGCAAUAAAAUCGGCAGAUAAUCAGGUUCCUCCACCAGUCAGUGCAGCUCUUCAAGGGAUUAAAAGCAUCGUGACACUCUCGAUGGCCAAGACGGAGGACACUCAGAAACAGUGGACAGCUCUAAUUCGCAGCACUCUGGCAUGCAUCCUGGAAUAUUCUCAGCCAGAAGAUUCCAUGCCUAUGCCUGAUGAAGUAAGCAUGCUAACAGCAAUUGCACUCUUCCUGUGGUCUGCUAGUAGUGAAAUAAUAGGAGUCCAGUCAUUACAGAAUGGCUGCAUGAACAGAUUUAAGAAUGCAUUGAAUUCAUGUGACCCAUGGGUUCAAGCCAAAUGUUACCAGCUUCUCUUGUCAGUCUUCCAACAUUCCAAUCGUGCCCUUUCAACUCCUUAUAUCCAUUCCUUAGCUCCAAUAGUAGUUGAAAAGCUGAAAGCUGUUGAAAGAAACAGACCAGCCAGUAGCACCGAACUUUUAGCUGUUCAAGAAGGAAUCAAAGUUCUUGAAACGUUAGUUGCUCUUGGGGAAGAACAGAACAGAGUCCAGUUACUUGCCCUUUUAGUUCCCACUUUGAUCUCCUACCUGCUGGAUGAAAAUUCCUUUGCCUCAGCAAGCACGGUUUCCAAAGAUCUUCAUGAGUUUGCACUCCAGAAUUUAAUGCAUAUUGGACCUCUGUAUCCACAUGCUUUCAAGACAGUAAUGGGAGCAGCGCCUGAGUUGAAAGUGCGUUUGGAAACUGCUGUUCGGGCAAGCCAAGCCAGCAAAGCUAAAGCAGCUACCAGGCAGCCAGCCCCGACCGUACAUUCUGCACCAACGAUUAAGCUAAAAACAAGUUUUUUUUAACUUGAUAUUCCAUUUGUUUUUAUUUAUACUACCUAGUGGCACCUAAUUAGCGAUAGCAACUGUAUCAUUCCGAGCUAUAGGUUCUGCGUCAUUUGAAUUGUAUGCCUCAGAUGAGCAGGACAAGUAAAGUGAUGCUCAUGCCGCCGCUUUCUGAUUUUGAAGGAGUGAUUGUUUUUAUCAUCAGGUGUGCUUUCAUUUUUCUCCUAAUAAUGUUUUGUUUUUGUUAAUUAAUUUAUUUGUAAACACUGAGCCAUAGGCUCUUAAAUGCUAAAAACAAUUAUAUCAUGUAGUUGGGCAGCCUAUUGAUAUUGUCAGGAAAAAACAGGUCAGUAUUCAGCAUCUGUCAUGAAAAAAUUUAAUUGAAAAACAUGCAGAAUUUAAAUUUUGAAGUAACCAGAGUAACGGAAAUUAUCUGUUUUGUGGUGUAUAUAUAAUAUGAAUAAAAUCCCAUUUUCUUAGCAUUUCUCAGAAUGUCCUUACCUUUCUGAUCUUUUUACUUUCAUAUUAGAUUACUAAAUUAUGCUUUGUGUGUAGUUUAAUUGUUAACUGAAUUAAAACUCUCAUUUAAAGGUCCAUUAAAAUGUUUCAAAUGUGGAA